AUGAAACGGAACGUUGGUGACCAACCCCUGUUUCCCACUAGCUUCCACGGCCGGACGACCACGAUCAGCUCUGUAGCGGUUGACUCCAUGAACCAUCUUUGGCGAUAUAUCUCCAAGGGAUAUCAGUCCACCAAGAAUACUCCCCCUUGCGACCUAGGCUCGUUUCGAGCGACACCUAGCAACGGCUACUCACAGGACGGGAUGGACGUUCUUCUUUGCAACAGCCACGUAUUCGCCCAGUUUGGCUUGGGACUACUUUAUCCUCGACCAAAGGUCAUUCAAUCGCCAUGCCGUUACCCAUCAGUUGACCACUCAUACGUACAAUUAAACCAAAGGACCAAACGCAAUGCCUCUCGACUGUUGUCGCUAGCUGAGGCAAUUAUAAGACCAAGAAUACAUUUCGCCUCAUACGACUUCACACGAGGUGCGUCUAAUGCAUGAAUACGAGAUGUCCAUCAUCCACACCACUUUCACAUCUACGAUCUACAUCGUACACGCGGAUAACUGUGCCACGCUCCGUCUCCCAAUAUCCCCUAAAGCUCCAUAGAGUUGGACAGAGAAUACCAACCUUGUCGGCCCGGUGUUACAAGCCAUCGCCCGCCCCAAAAGGAAGCGCCAUCGUGCCGCGCGUGGCGAUGUACCGUUUGCAGUGGGUAGUCGGCGAGAUGUAGAGCGAAUGAGGAAAUUCUGCACUUUC